AUGGAAUCACAUCCUUUUACACCACCAGCUACAACUUUAACAGCUUUAUCCACUUCAGUUCUCGACGUUUCCUUUGAAUCUACUACUGUCUAUUAUUCUGUUGCACCAAUUUCAUAUACUAUUGAUGUAAGCAGUAGUAUCCCAUACCGCGAUGUUAUCACAAGCGAAAACAGUGCACUCAGUCAACAAAUCUCCACAUUUUCUACUAAUGCAUGCUCGAAUGUAAGCGGAAAUGCGGAAGAACGCUACGAUGAUGCUCCAAGAUGCAAUCACUUCAGCAUAUGGAUCGCACAAUUCCUGCAGUUCGUAUCACAAAUUCAAGAAGUGAAAACAGUUGACCAAUUCAUAUUUUCUAAAGAUAUUUUUCUCGCUAUUUACAAUUUCUAUUCAUUUUUUUCUUGA